AUGGCUGCCACGAUCCCUACCAGAGAGAGGCACGACUGGGCCGACGACGACGACAACGAGGAGGCCGCCGCCGAGCUGCCGCCGCCGCAGACCAUCUCCAACAAGGAUGGCACCAAGACCAUCAUCACCUGGCGAUACAACGAGUCGGGCAACAAGGUCAAGACGACGCGCCGGGUCCGCUUCACCACGCACCGCGAGGUCGUCAACCCGCGCGUCGCCGACCGCAAGACCUGGGCCAAGUUUGGCCUGUCGGCCAAGGACCCGGCCGGCCCUGCCCCGGACACGACGAGCGUCGGUGAGAACAUCAUCUUCCGGCCCAGCGCCACGUGGCGCAAGGACGCCAAGGACGAGAGCAAGGACGCCAACGCCCAGGCCAUGAAGGACAAGCUCAAGGACAAGAAGGUCAAGUGCCGUAUCUGCAACGGCGAGCAUUUCACGGCGCGCUGCCCCUACAAGGACACGAUGGCGCCCAUCGGCGAGGCCGGCGGCGCCGACGUCGCCGCCGGCAUGGGCGACGAGCCCGGUCCCGCGGGCGCUGGCGGCGCGGCUGCUGGCGGGCCCGGCGCCAAGAAGGGCUCGUACGUGCCGCCUGCGCUGCGGGGAGACAGGGCUGGUGCUGCCGGCGGCGAGAGGAUGGGCGGCAAGUUUGGCGAGAGGGACGACCUUGCGACCCUGCGCGUCACCAACGUCUCGGAGAUGGCAGAGGAGCAGGAGCUGCGCGAUAUGUUCGAGCGCUUCGGCCGUGUCACCCGCGUGUUCUUGGCCAAGGACAGGGAUACCGGUCUGGCCAAGGGCUUCGCCUUCAUCAGCUUCGCCGACAGGAGCGACGCGGUCAAGGCGUGCAACAAGAUGGACGGCUGGGGUUUCAAGCAUCUUAUUCUGAGAGUAGAGUUUGCCAAGAAGGCGAACUAG